CCCCUUUUCGCUUCUCUGACUCACACCUCUCUCUUCUCCGUUCUAGAGAGAGAAACUCACUCUGAGCUAGAGAGAGAGAGAGAGAGAGAGGGGAAGAAGAAGAACAACAACAACAGAGUCAAAAUUGCAGGUUUGUGGUUUUUUCGGUUUAGGGUAUGUUUGGAUGGAGUUUUCCAGGGAAAUGGUAUUUUUUUUAGAUUGAGAGAAUAAAGGGAAGAAUUAUGUGAUUAAUUUUGUGUUUAGUGAAUAUUUUAUGUAAAUUUUGUGCUAAAAAUUUUCAAUUUUGUGUUUGUUUAUUUAAAGUGAAAUUUUUGAUUUUGUUUAUUAGGGCGUGAUUUUGUUUAGUUCGUGGAUUGGAUAUAGAGAAUAGCAGGAAUGUGCUAAAGCUAUGCGGGGAUGAUGGAAAAACCCCAACAAUUGAUAGAAGCCCAGAUUCAAUGCCGGCCGUUAAAAUGAAGGCCAAGUCAACUACAACCUGCAAAAGAAAAGGAAGUUAUCCCCAUGAGUCUCUGACGUCAAAUAAAAGUUGUAAAACACCAUUUUCCAUGGUCAGAGCAACUCAUGAAAUGGAAAAUUUAGCUGCAUCAAGCCAAACAUCUCAUGAUGGUUUUGCUGCAAUUGAAGAAUUUUCCAAUGAGCAUGAUGAUGGAAAGAACUUAAUGUCAUCUAAUAUAGAUAUUAUUGACGGGCAAACUUGUCUUCCAGUCAACGCAGAUUCAAUAGAAGAAAGGGAUUCUUUGCCAUUUUCUCAUCCAUCAAGUUCAGAUACAAUGAUGUCUGAUUUUAACAGGCCUAAUGACGGCCAUUCUAAUCAAUUAGAAACAGUUACUAGGGAGCAAAUCUCCACGGCACCUCAAGUGGAUGAUAAUAACUUACCCAAUUUCCAAAUGCCGGAUAUGUUAGACUCCUACGCAUGUGAAAUGUUUCUCAAUGGGUUUUCCAUUGACGGGAUCAAUAUAUUUGGCGAUAAUCUAUUUGGUGAUGGUCACAAUAGUUCCCUUUCUGAUCUUGAAUUUUUUGCCACAAACUUGAUAUGUGAUCUUCCCACCCUUGAGGACACAAUCGAAGCAGUAGAUCACCAUUAUGGAGGAUCUUGUGAAGAGUUUCUGCAGAUGUCUGAUCCUUCAUGGUUCCAGCUCAUAUGCCAUCAGGCCAAGCCUAUUGAAGAACCCGAUGUCAAGUCCAGUCAGUUUGAUUCAGCCAGAGUAGAUUAUUCUGAUCCAGAGGCAUUCAUUAGAAAUAUUUUGGAUUUAUCAGAUGAAUCUAACUCAUUGCCUGGACUAGUAAGCGAGGAAACAGGCAACAUGAAGCACAUUACCCUUGUUCUUGAUCUGGAUGAAACGCUGGUCCAUUCCUCAAUGGUACCGUGUGAUAGAGCUGACUUCACAAUUAAAAUUUUCCUUGACAAGGAGCACACUGUAUAUGUGAGACAGAGGCCUUUCCUCCAAACAUUUCUGGAGAAAGUAUCAGAGAAGUUUGAAAUCAUCAUUUUCACAGCUAGUAAAAAGUUAUAUGCUGAUAAAUUGCUGGAUGUGCUUGAUCCUGAAAAUAAGUUUUUUUCACGACGAUUGUACCGGGAUUCAUGCAUCUUUGAAGAUAGUAUCUACACCAAAGAUUUGACUGUUCUUGGAAUUGACCUGGCAAAAGUAUUCAUAAUCGACAACUCUCCUCAGGUGUACAGGUUGCAAGUUAAUAAUGGGAUUCCUAUUGUAAGUUGGUAUGAAGAUCCUUCUGAUAUUGCUCUGAUUUCUUUGCUCCCUUUCCUGGAGGAACUGGCUGAUGUGGAUGAUGUUCGCCCCAUCAUUGCACAGAAAUUCGGGGCUAGGAAUAAAUAGUUUUGCAUUACAGCUUACUGGCAUUGAAUUCUAGAUGAUGAUGAUGCCCUUGCCCUUUUUGGAAGUAGUAAUAAUGACUCUAAUCUUAGGAUAUUUCAUCUUUUGAAUAACCCUGCCUAGUCAGUGAUUUACCCGUGAUGUUUGAAUUAGCUUCUCUUUUAUCAGAAUCAAUUCUGAAACUAGAAGCUACUCAUAGAAGCUUCUUUCCAGAAUUGAUUCUGUGAUAGCCAGAUAGUAUUCGUUGAAAAACAUGUAAAUAAGCCGCACAAUAAUUUGGUUUCAAGUUUUUGGAUUUUGAUAUCAUUGUUAGAUAUACACAUUAUUAAUUUUUAAAGAGGAGUGUUAUUGAGUGUUAUAUUUCA